AUGGAGUCGAUACCACCCAAGACUCGGGUGCCGGAAGACUGGAUUCAUCCUGCGCUGAAGAGGCAGCUGAUGGACCGCGGUCGUCUGAGCAGCUCGCCAAAGGACCGCCUUGAGCUGUUAGAGAGGCAGCGCAUCGAGAUGGAGAGCGCGGCGGUUCGCAGAAAGCAGUUAUUGGAGGAAAAGAAAAGACAUCUGGAGGAUCUGGAUCGCCGCCGCCAGAGAAUCGCGGAGGAGAUAAAGGAGGAAGAAAGGCGGCUGAUGAACCUGCGCCAUGUCCACGAACGCGUUGGGGAUCAGUUGAUUGUACAGAAAACCAUUGGGAAGCAGGAGUUUCAGACUGUCCCAGGUGUAGAAGGUCUUCAGUCUUCUUCCUGUGCUCUUCGUGUGACUGGCAUUAUCGGAUGGGGAGAAAUAAUGUCGUGUUUCACGGCGGAUGAGGAAACCAGGGAACGUUUUUUUUCCAAGUAUGCACCGCUCUUUACGGUCAACGAGGGCGGGUCGAUGCCGCUCAAGGAGGUGACCGAGCCUGUUUUUUUUGAUGAGAUGUGUCUGAUGGAGACGGAGGGGAAUCGUUGCAUGAAUUCUGCUUGUCCCUACUGGCACCGAGACCAGUUGGAACACGCGAAACUUGGUUGCAUGGAGCUUUUUGCUCGCGCUGCGACGUGUAUUAAGGGGCACAGCAGCAUAUGUGACGCUGCAUCCAUGUUUUCAAGGUUUUAUGUAUUGAUAGAGGCAGCGACGGACCUUGCAGACGUAGUACGGAUACAAAGAGAUCUUAUUAACCACGUUGCAAACCUUGGAUGGGCUGCGGCUAUUUUGGAAGACGAGGAGUCUCCCACGUGGGAGGCACCGCUUCUGCCACGGCCAAUCAUGUCACUAGAGCACGUGGCGUCUCUUCUACGCGAUUCAAGGGAGAAAACACUAUGGGGACAUAUUAUUCACUCAAAAACUGACGUUGUUCUCCAGGCAACCGCACUUUUUAAGCAGCAUGCAGAUUCGUUCUCAUGGCGUUGCCUUAUGCGUGUUGCGGGGACGACAAUCGAUCGUUUACUUUGGUUGGCCACUCGUGGGGUUGCUCUGUUUCCCACAUCGCCAUUUAUCCGGCUCAGUUACCUCGUAGCGCUAAUGAAGUCCGGAUGUUCGAUUUCAGAUUGUGUUGAAGUUUGUCUUUCGUCAGCUCAGCUGAUUUCUGAUCAGGCGGCAUUUGCCAUAUUUUCCCCCCAAGAGACAGAGUGGUGCGAGGUGGCGGCGCGAUACGUUGCGUACAUGAUUGCCAUUUCGUGCAUCCAUGUGGCCCGCACCGACCCCGAGGCGGCGGUGGGCCUUCUUGAGGCAGUACUGGAAUUGCCGGGCCGUAUUUGUCUUUUGCCGCUUGCAUUGCAGAACUUAAAUUUGUUUCUUGUUGUGCUUCGAAAGACAAGGCGAUUGGAUGGGGCGAGUGCCCUUCCGUUGGCCUCCAUCUCCGAUGUCUCAUUUACACUUGGCGAUGGGUUUCCCUGUUUUCCAGAUAACGAGUGCGGGCAGCUUUUAUCGAGGCAUUUGGGUCUAAUUGACUUAUGUGUCUCCGCAGGUAUUGAUGGGUCAUUGACAGAACGCAUGCGGUCGAGUGUGCAUCUUUCACUCAUGCAUGCACUCUCUUCCGACGCGCAGCUGGUGGAUCAGAUCCUUACGAGGUCACCCAUGCAUUCGGCUCUUGGGUUGGCGGAGGUGUGGGUGGGGUAUCUCCGCCUUGUGGAGCAACGGGGCGGGACGGUGUCUCUUAUUUCAUUGGUACAGUCUCUGUUGGAGUCCUGUCAAUCGCCGCUACUGAUGGUCCAUCUUGUGCGAUUCCUUCAGGUGCAUGAUGAGAAUGUGGAAACCGUCAUCGAUAACUUUCUUGAGAAUUUUGCAAAGAGCCGUGGGAUUUUAUUAGAAAAAGUCCCCCUAAUGGCGUCCACGGAUUCGCCUGGUCUUCCUGUGGAUGAGUGGAUUCCGAUUGUCAUAUUGUAUUCCCUUCGAUUGCGUCUUAGGGAGCGACUGGAGUUGCUGUUAAGUGUUCCACUGGAUUUGUACUGUGAUGUGGUGGAGUUGGUGGUUCUCUUAUGGCUGGAGACAAUUCAAGUCGCACUGCUCCUGCGUGAUGAUGACGUCUUCCGACAGUGUGCGAGACAAGGCCUACUGCUGCUCCAUGAGCCUUUUCUUCACUACUUUAGCCCUGUCGAUUGGGAUUUUGACGAAAUGGUCUCAUAUGCUCAUGUGGCGAGUCUCAUGGUGUACAGAGCCAUCCCUGUUCUUCUUGGCACGUCGUAUCAAUUCACUGCGCACUACCGUGGGAUUUUGUUGGAGCUCAGUGCAGAGUUGCACGUGGUGCAUCCCAAUCUUCUCUCUACGGAAUAG